AUGCUGGGCUAUAAGUCGAUUCAGAACACUACUAGGGAAAACGUUGGUGAUUUCGCUUUGCCACCAAUUUCAGCGGAUACACCAUGCUCAAUUGCUGGGGUAGGACUCAUCAAGCGUAGGUAUCGGGAUGUCAGCAAUGUCUGGGAUGCUUCUAGGGACGUUGAAGGCAAUAGUUCCAGCAAGGGGCCUUCUGAUCAAGCAUCUGGUUUGGUUCUUGCUACAGGUUUUGGAGAAGGAUUUGGUGGGAGGUUUGGAGGUGGUUCUGUCGGAGGAGGAGGAGGUUUUGGUGGCGGAGGUGGUCGUAGGGGUAGAUUGGAUGGUGGAAUAGGAGUUGGUGCGGAAGGAGGGGGGAGGAGAGGUUUCGGUGGUGGUGGAGAAGGAUUGGGUGGAGGAUCUGGUGAAGGAGCUGGAGGUGGACUUGGUAAAGGAGUUGGUGACGGAAUAGGAGACAUUGAGUAA